AUGAGAGCCUGCGACAAAAAAUCCGGACAGGAUAAAUUCGAAGCUUUCAAAAUAUUGGCAACGGCUAGUCCUAGUCACCUCGCUUAUGUAUACACGGAAUUAGAGACUAUAUCUGGAUAUUCAGUUGAAAAGACUAUUGAACACGAAUACAGUGGUGACAUGAAAACUCUUUUGUUGGUGAGUUUUUUGAAAUAUAAUUAUGUCGAAUUCAGAAAUCCAAUCAAAUACAGUAACUUCAAUAAUCAUAAACAUCAUAAUAUUUUAUUCACAUUCCUAUCAAACGAGACUGGUUAA